CGCGCGCCCCCGCGGGCCCCAACGGGAGGAGAGUCGGCGGCCGGAGCCGUCACCCCAGGCGGGGACAGCGCAGGCGACUCCUCGCGGCGGCCCGGCCGAGGGAGGGAGGGAGCGAGCGGGCGGGCGGGCGAGCCAGACAGCGGGGCCGGAGCAGCCGCGGACGCCCGAGGGGCCGAGCGAGACUGUAAAGCAUGGCUGUGUGGAUACAAGCUCAGCAGCUCCAAGGAGAAGCCCUUCAUCAGAUGCAAGCGUUGUAUGGCCAGCAUUUUCCCAUUGAGGUGCGGCAUUAUUUAUCCCAGUGGAUUGAAAGCCAAGCAUGGGACUCAAUAGAUCUUGAUAAUCCACAGGAGAACAUUAAGGCCACCCAACUCCUGGAGGGCCUGGUGCAAGAGCUGCAGAAGAAGGCAGAGCACCAGGUGGGGGAAGAUGGGUUUUUACUGAAGAUCAAGCUGGGGCACUACGCCACACAGCUCCAGAACACGUAUGACCGCUGCCCCAUGGAGCUGGUCCGCUGCAUCCGCCAUAUAUUGUACAAUGAACAGAGGUUGGUCCGAGAAGCCAACAAUGGUAGUUCUCCGGCUGGAAACCUUGCUGACACCAUGUCCCAGAAACACCUGCAGAUCAACCAGACAUUUGAGGAGCUACGACUCGUCACACAGGACACAGAGAAUGAGCUGAAGAAGCUUCAACAGACUCAGGAGUACUUCAUCAUCCAGUACCAGGAGAGCCUGAGGAUCCAAGCUCAGUUUGCCACGCUGGGCCAGCUGAGCCCCCAGGAGCGUCUGAGCCGGGAGACGGCGCUCCAGCAGAAGCAGGUGUCCCUGGAGGCCUGGCUGCAGCGCGAGGCGCAGACGCUACAGCAGUACCGCCUGGAGCUGGCCGAGAAGCACCAGAAGACCCUGCAGCUGCUGCGGAAGCAACAGACCAUCAUCCUGGAUGACGAGCUGAUCCAGUGGAAGCGGCGGCAGCAGCUGGCCGGGAACGGCGGGCCCCCCGAGGGCAGCCUGGACGUGCUCCAGUCCUGGUGUGAGAAGUUGGCCGAGAUCAUCUGGCAGAACCGGCAGCAGAUCCGCAGGGCUGAGCACCUCUGCCAGCAGCUGCCCAUCCCCGGCCCAGUGGAGGAGAUGCUGGCCGAGGUCAACGCCACCAUCACGGACAUCAUCUCAGCCCUGGUGACCAGCACAUUCAUCAUUGAGAAGCAGCCCCCUCAGGUCCUGAAGACCCAGACCAAGUUUGCAGCCACCGUGCGCCUGCUGGUGGGCGGGAAACUGAACGUGCACAUGAACCCCCCCCAGGUGAAGGCGACCAUCAUCAGUGAGCAGCAGGCCAAGUCUCUGCUCAAGAACGAAAACACCCGCAAUGAUUACAGCGGCGAGAUCUUGAACAACUGCUGCGUGAUGGAGUACCACCAAGCCACGGGCACCCUUAGUGCCCACUUCCGGAACAUGUCCCUGAAACGAAUUAAGAGGUCAGACCGUCGUGGCGCAGAGUCGGUGACAGAAGAAAAGUUUACAAUCCUGUUCGAAUCCCAGUUCAGCGUUGGUGGAAAUGAGCUGGUUUUUCAAGUCAAGACCCUGUCCCUGCCAGUGGUGGUGAUUGUUCAUGGCAGCCAGGACAACAAUGCGACAGCCACUGUUCUCUGGGACAAUGCUUUUGCAGAGCCGGGCAGAGUGCCAUUUGCCGUGCCUGACAAAGUGCUGUGGCCACAGCUGUGUGAGGCGCUCAACAUGAAAUUCAAGGCCGAAGUGCAGAGCAACCGGGGCCUGACCAAGGAGAACCUCGUGUUCCUGGCGCAGAAACUGUUCAACAACAGCAGCAGCCACCUGGAGGAUUACAGCGGCCUGUCCGUGUCCUGGUCCCAGUUCAACAGGGAGAAUUUACCAGGACGGAAUUACACCUUCUGGCAAUGGUUUGAUGGCGUGAUGGAAGUGUUAAAAAAACAUCUCAAGCCUCAUUGGAAUGAUGGGGCCAUUUUGGGGUUUGUAAACAAGCAACAGGCCCAUGACCUACUCAUUAACAAGCCAGAUGGGACCUUCCUGCUGAGAUUCAGUGACUCAGAAAUUGGCGGCAUCACCAUUGCUUGGAAGUUUGAUUCUCAGGAAAGAAUGUUUUGGAAUCUGAUGCCUUUUACCACCAGAGACUUUUCCAUUCGGUCCCUAGCCGACCGCUUGGGAGACUUGAAUUACCUUAUCUAUGUGUUUCCCGACCGGCCAAAAGAUGAAGUAUACUCCAAAUACUACACACCAGUUCCCUGCGAGUCCGCUACUGCUAAAGCCGUUGAUGGAUACGUGAAGCCACAGAUCAAGCAAGUGGUCCCUGAGUUUGUGAACGCAUCUGCAGAUGCCGGUGGGGGCAGCAGCGCCACAUACAUGGACCAGGCCCCCUCCCCAGCCGUGUGCCCCCAGGCUCACUAUAACAUGUACCCACAGAACCCUGACUCAGUCCUUGACACCGAUGGGGACUUCGAUCUGGAGGACACGAUGGACGUGGCACGGCGCGUGGAGGAGCUCCUGGGCCGGCCGAUGGACAGUCAGUGGAUCCCGCACGCACAGUCGUGACCCUCGACCUCCCCGUCUGCCGCUUCUUCAUCCUCGCCAGAGGAAUCACUCUUGUGGAUGUUUUAAUUCCAUGAAUCGCUUCUCUUUGGAAACAAUACUCAUAAUGUGAAGUGUUAAUACUAGUGACUUUAGUGUUUCUGUGCAUGGUGGCACCAGCAAAGGGAGUGUGAGUGUGUGUUUGUGUGUGCGUGUGUGUCUGCGUGUGCGUGUUUGCACUAUGGUGUUUCUCCCUCUCACUGUCCGAGAGUGUAGCUGUAGCAGAGGGGCCACGGACAGAGGCUGUGGUGGUUUUUACUUUGUCAAAGAAGGCGGUCAGUUUCGUGAAGCCUGGAACUUGGCCAUGUGUCUUAAGAGUGGCAGGACUUUGACAUGGCGGCUGUUCUAGUAAGAGAAGGACAAAGGGAGGAGAAAGCAUGUGUGCUCCUGUGAGUCUUCGUCACUCUGUCUGCCAAGCAAUUGAUAUAUAACCGUGAUUGUCUCUGCUUUUCUUCCGAAAUGUAGAUAACUGCCUUUUGACAAAGAGAGCCUUCCCUCUCCCCCACCCCUGUGCUCUUGGGUAGGAAUGGGAAAAGGGGCAACCUACAAAGACCGUCGGGGCAAGGGAAGUCACAGGUUUUCGGAUGGGCUUUUCACGUGACACUUAGCCCACCCUAACACUCUCUCUUUGUCCUUUCCCCUCCUGCCCGCCCACACCCUGGAAUUGCCACUCAGGUCCUCUGGGUGUGCACAUAUGCAGACAUGUUUGGAGAAAAGAGGGCUGCACAGCUGAGAGCUGAUGGUGCCGAUGCCCUUUGUGUUCUGGCCAAAGCAGAGCACCCAGCCCCGACUCCCGGGUGCUGAGACCGUUGCCAGGUUACCCAGGAAGCUGCUGUUCCGGCUGCCCAGCCUUUCCCUGAGCCAGCGGAUGCGCAUUCCGAGGCGUUCUUCAGGCUUCUGGAUAAUACUUUUUGCAAAUGUUGAAUCAUGUUUCUGUUUCUAAGCCAGAUCUUUUUUGUUUUCCCCUUCCCACCCUAAUUUGACAUCAGAAUUCUUCUGCAUUGGGCCCUGGGUCAUCCAAACCCAGGUCACCACAUUCCCCUUUUCUGUUCAUACAUGGCAUACUGAAGAGUAGGUGGCAGCAGUGUGGGCUGAACCUAGGCCAGCCUGCUCAACGGGUCACCCUGUGUGGGGUCCUGGGUGCCGGGUGUUGGUGAUGUGGGGAAAUGCAGUCACCAGGUUUGCUGGGGAGUUUGAUUAAGUAUAAAACGAAACAAAACAAAA